UCUCAUACUUAGUUGUCAAUGUGACAUUGUCUAUAACUUAUAGAUAUAACUGUGGACUGUGUUGUGACUAGUUUGUCAAUGAAAGUUAUUGUUUAGUUUCAGCUAAUUUCCAAAAGUCCUACCAUAGCAGUGCCUUAUUUGCUACUCAUUACAGCCUAACAAUGGGCGAUCAACAGCAACAACCUGUUCAGCGAAAUGUUAGUAACGUGAAGGUUUUCUUGAGAGUUCGGCCUUUCAAUGAACGUGAAGUUAAAGAGGGCAGUAAAGCCACUCUGGUCUGUGAUUACAGAGAUCAUGUGGUCAUGCUACAAAAGCCCAAGGAGAAAUGCUCUGGAAAAGAUACUGAUAAGAAAUAUUUUCAAUUAGAUUACAUAUUUUCGCCCCUUGCCACUCAGCUUGAUGUGUAUCGUCUUGCUGCUGCCCCUCUAGUGGAGCAGGUAUUUGAUGGGUACAAUGGAACCAUUUUUGCCUAUGGCCAAACUGGCACAGGCAAAACCUUUACCAUGACCGGAAAUUACGCUAUUCCGGAGAGUCGAGGCAUCAUCCCCAACACCUUUACUCAUAUUUUCGCUCAAAUAGCUAAUUCCAGUGAGGAUAGAUCCUUUAUCGUUAAAGUGAUGUAUUUGGAAAUUUAUAAUGAGGAAGUGAGGGAUCUGUUGGGUGCUGAUCCAAACAAAAAACUACAGAUUAAGGAAAGAACUGAUAUUGGCAUAUACGUAAAGGAUUUAACUGGAUUCACUGUUGACUCGGUUGAUUCCAUUUCCCAACUCAUGGAACGUGGAAAUAAAAAUAGAAUCACCAGAUCCACGAUGAUGAAUAAUGUCAGCUCAAGAUCACAUGCCGUUUUCACUAUUGUAGUGGAAACGAGACACAGAGAUAAAAAUCAAACUACCGUGGGAAAACUUAAUUUGGUAGAUUUGGCUGGUUCUGAAAGAGUUAAUAAAACAGGCGUAUCCGGAAUAGGAUUAAGGGAAUCUGGUAGCAUCAAUCAAUCCCUUCUCACCUUAGGAAAUGUGAUUCAAGCUCUUGUUGAAAACAAAAGUUUUGUUCCUUACAGAAAUUCCAAACUCACACGCUUACUUCAAGAUUCAUUGGGAGGAAACUCCAAAACCACUAUGAUAUCAAUGAUUGGGCCAGCGGAGUCGGAUUAUGAAGAAACCUACAGUACUUUACGUUAUUCGCAUAAGGCCAAGUUUAUUCGAAACUUUGCUAAAGUCAAUUUGGAAGAAGGUGGCUUGAUUGAAAGAUUUGAGAAUGAAAUAGCUGAACUUCAGCAGAAGUUGUCUCUUUUAACAAUGGUGUCCGACCAACCCAAAGCUCAAAAAAAGAAAAAUAAAACUGACGCCGAUAUUGAAAAAAUUAAGAAAGCGGAAGCGGAAAUGCUAAGAAUUGAGGGCGAAAAACGUGAGCUGGAAGAGAGAAUGGCAAUAAUUUCAAAGAAAAUUAUAUGUGGAGGAGAAAACCUUCUUGAAAAGGCUCAGCAACAAGAAUUCCUCCUUAUGACUUCAGGAGAAGAACUAGAAAACCUUGAUAAAAGCCACCAAGCUCUUGAGGAACAAUUCAAUAGGAUGACAGAGGAAAAAAUUGAUAUUGAAGAAAAAUAUUCGUCUUUGCAAGAGGAAGAUAUGGAUCUAACAAGAAAAAUUGGCAUGAUGCAGCAAAGAAUUAAGGAAGCCAAAGAUGAAUACGCUGACAAAGAGCAUGAAUACCAAAGAGAAAUGGAAGCGCUUAAUGACAAUAACCGUCUUUUGAUUAGAGAAAUGCAAUUAUCCGGCCUAAUGAUUGACUACUACAUUCCACUAGAAUACAAGAAACUUAUUCAAAACUAUUGCACGUUCAAUAAUGAUACGCAAGAAUACCAGCUGCAAGGAGUUGCAUAUACCGGGAACAACAUGAGAAAGCGCCAAACAGUUACCGAAGAUGAGGCAUUAAUUAGUUUUGAGAUGAAGCAAGUUUAUCAUAAGUAUCCUGAGAAGAAAAAGGUAACAAGUAAAAGGUCUCUAUUGAAAGCUUAUUCAGCCGUGCCAAAGCCCACCCGAUAAUGCUUGAUCUGAUGCUGCUUUCCAGCUUUGUGCAAUGAUGUUUCCACACUUUACGUUUUCUUGUUUUGUUUAAACAGACUGAUCAAAGUUGCUAAAUUUAUUCACCACCGAAACACAAACCAUUUCUAGUCUUUGUAGUAUGGUUCUUAAAUUAUAUGAGGAUUUAACUACUUACUGAUAGAGCUUUAAAUUGAACAAGUAAUGUUUUUGUUGCUUCGUUUAUUUAUCGUAGUUCAAUUUGUUAAAAAUAUGUUACCAAUAUAUUAGGCAUGAUUUAAAAAAAUAUAUAUUUGAAUAGCAGUAUUAUUAACAAAUCUAGUCAUUUUCAGGGCAAUUUAUAUAAUUGCUAGUAAUGAUAGGGUAUUUAUUAUUUAACAGAAAGGGAAGAGUCGUAAGUGAACAUCCUAAGAAUGUAUCGUUCUUAUGUGUACUGACUGGUAAAUGGCGCGUUUACAGUUUUCUGAAUUCCACCAGUUUUAAUGAGUGCAAGAUAUUUCCACGACGUUUAACUACUUUGCAUAAUUCUGAUAAACUUCAGUUAAUGCUUUAUUUUACGAUGUCCUCAACUAGAAAUACAGUUUCAUGAACAUUAAUUCUGCCACAAAGGACCUGCUGCACACUAAUUUUGAUUUUAUCAUCAAUCAAUACGUUUUAAAAUUAUCCAUUAACAUUCAUUAAUUAAGUUGUUUUUUAGUACUUCACUCAUGGAAGUUUAUUGAUUUAUUAAGGAAGAUUCUUUCGCAACGUUUGUGUUUGGUUUAUGUAUAUUUUUUGUAUUAUCUCGAAUAUAUACUUGGUAUUACUUAUGUUACAUAUUGAAGUUAUAAAUAAAUGUGUGUGAUUA